CCACAACAACACAAUUCUUAUUCUCCACAACAACAGUCGCCGGCACAGGCUUGGGGUUGGAUGUGCAAGUAGAGAGCGAUGGCGCGAACACACUCGUCGUACACGGCCAGUCCGACGCGCAUGCGCUCGCCGCGACGCAGCCCAGCUCGGCGCAGCAGCUCGGAGGACGGCUCGCAGUAUGAGAUGGACUUGGACGCGCUGGGGCUGAACUCGACAUUCGAGUCGACGGCGCUGGAGGGCAGCUAUGAGCCGCCCGUUGACCGCGUAGACACCAGCGAAGUCGAGGGGCCGGAGGACUUCACCAUGAACAUGACCUACUGGAUGACGGCCGACCUGCCGCCCGCCCAGGUCAAGUCGCGCAAGGAGGCCAAAGGCAGGGGCAGCCGGCCUGCGACGGGCGGAGAGCGUCAAGCGGGCGAGGAGGGCGACCAUGCUGCCGGCGGGGCGUCCACUGCAGCAUCGCCCACGGUGCGCGUGAAUGCCACCACGGCCAGCCGCGAGUACAGCACGCCAGCCUCAGAGCGGUCCAUGGAGAACGAAGAGAAGGUCCGCAGCUUCCUCAGCGCCCUGCCCGACACAGAGCUCGACCACGUCCCCGCCGGCACUCCCCUGCGCGUGCCCCGCCAAAGCAUGCUCCAGGUCCCGCGCUCGUCGCCACCAAAAGCCCGCUCGCUGCAGGCCACCGUCGAGGACUACGACGCCCCGCGCAAGCCCACCCAGCAGACCGUCAUCCACCACCUCUCGCCCACAGCCCGCGACGGGCAAAAGACGCCUGGGGACCGCAUUGCCGAACUGCAGUCACGUCAAGAGCAGCAGGAGCUUGCGUCCCGGACACGCAUUGCUGAGCUUGAAACUAUCCUUUCAUACACGCGCAGCGAGCUUGACACCGCACGAAACGACAACUACAAGCACAAAGACAACAUAGCGGGACUGGAACGUUCUUUAAAAGAACUACGUGCCAAGCAGGAUGCAGCUGGUGGCUCUACCGAGAGUCGACUGCAAGUCCUGGAAACUGCGCACAGGGCCAAGCUGCAGCAGCUUGAAGAGGACCUGCACAGGGAAAAUUCGCAAAGAUUUCAAUCCCAGCACGACGAUUUCGAACGUCAGCUGAGAGAGCUUGAGGACUCCAAGCGCACAGCUCGCGAAGAAGCAAGGACCAAGGCUCAAGAGCUGGAAAGUGUGCAGGCACAGUUGACCCAGCUCAGACAGUCAAAUGAACAGGAUGUUCGACAAACAACGGAUAAAACGACGGAGCAAGAGAACAAGUACAAAGAAGCAUUGGCCGCAGAGAAAGCUGAGCUGCAGGAUAAGCUUGCAUCCGUUCAGACUCGUGCGGACUCCCUCCAGGCAGAUCUGGCUCACGCGACAGCAGAGAUAAAGGCCGCCCGCGAAGAAUCGCAGGUACGAGAUACAAACGAUGAUGCCUCGAAGAGAGCAACGGGUCGCCACCUUUCGCGCAUAGCGUACCUCGAAACGCACCUCCAAGACACUAAAUUCUCGCUCGAAUGCGCUCAAACCGACGUCGCCGCAAAAGCGCAGCUUUUUCAAACAAACCUCCAUCUCAAUGCCAGCCUACGGUCCUUACGCCGCGAACUCGAGACUCAGCGGAGCGUCCUCGCAGACCUGAGAUCGACAAACAGAAGCCAUUCAACGUCAGACGAGCAGCUGCAAACAGAGCUCACUACAAAAGAUCAACUUAUCGCCCAGCAUGCCACUGAGAAGGACAGUUUGGAACGCAAACUCAGCACAGCGCAAGGCCGCAUCUCGGGCCUCGAGUCCAGCCUUAACGCACUGCGCGCGCAACUUGCCGAAGCGCAUCGCGAGAGCGGGAGCGCCCGCGCAGACGUCGAGCGUCUCUCUCACGACCUCGAGGACGCGAACGACCGCGUGGUCGACGCACGUGCGCAAGCAGAUCGACGCGUGGCAGACGUCGAGAAGAAGCUCGCCAAGACGAAAGACCUGAAAACCGAGGCCGAGAGCAAGUUCAGAGAGCUGAAGUCCCAGCACAAUGACCUGGUAGAAGGGCAUGCAGCAAUGCUGGAAGACGUUCGCGACAAAGCCGAAGAUGCGGUACGCAAAACCGGCGCUCUCCUUGCGCAAGAGAGAAAAGAGAAAACCAGGCUCAAGAAAGAUGUCGAGCGCUUGCAAAGCGAGAUCGAGCACUUGCGCGCUGACAACGAGCAAAACACCGCUACGGGCGAGGACUCCGACGACACCACAACAUCCCUCCCAGCGCCAAAGCAAAACGACGACACCAAAGACGCGGAAAUCGCUAGCCUCCGCGCAAUCAUCAAAAACCAAGUCACCGAGCUCAAGACACUGGAGUCUUCACACACAUCCACCCUUACCUCCCUCAAAGCCACCCAUAAAUCUACCCUCCACUCCCUGCACUCCGAAAUCUCCUCUCUUCAACAGCGCUUAGAAACCCAAGCGCACGACCACGCCGCCAUCAAUGCCGCCAUGGACGAGCAGCUCUCCACUCUCCUGUCCAAGCUCAUGAAGGAGCGCACGAGGACUGUUGUAGGGAAGAGGGAUGGCCAGUGGGAAGAGGUGCAGAGGAGUGCUGCGAGUGAGAAGGAGCUGCUUGGGAAGGUGCUGUUGAGGCAGUGGGGGAGGGAGGAGUGUGGGGUUGUGGAUGAGGGAAAGGGACAGAGGCAGUUGUAUGAGUACAAGUACAUGAAGAGGGAACGGUGAGGUGACUUUUUGUGGUGGAAAUGGCGUUAUGUUGGUAUUUGGGCUUGCUAACAACGACUUAUGAAUGACGACUGAAUGACAUGUCAAGUCUCCUGUUGCGAACGCAUCGUGAGCUCUUUUGCACUUCGUCGCGAUUAUCAAGAACGUAAACGUGAGUAGGAGUGCUUCACAGUCAUGGUUGGAGUCCCUCCGAAAGAGGAAAGUGCUA